ACACAAGGGACAAUUUUAUGGAGAGGCCAGUAAUUAAUAUAUGCAUAGUAUGUCCAUUCAUACUCCAUUGGCUGGAAUUCAGUUGCAAGGCUGCAUCUACCCGUAGGCAUGGUGGGAACUGUAGUUAAUCAGCAUACAAAGGAAGCAGAGGAAAUGAACACAGUGGAUUGCUAGCCAAUCUAUGCCACACUUAUGGAAGGAAAAGAAAAGAAAGUUAAAGUUACAAUGGAAUAAGGAAGGCAAGUCCCUCUGUAAAGCUAUCUGAAGCUCUCUCUCUUACAGCAUUUUCUCACUCAAAUCCCCACUCUCCCACUGGUAAGAAAUGGCCUUCAUCCUCAAGGGUAUGAACAGAUUGAAUUUUUCUGACAUAAGUGGGUGUAGGAAAGGGAGAUGCGUGGAUGAGACUGAGGGCCCAGAGGCUGUGACCUAGGUGUAAAUUCUCCUCCUCCCCACUGGGGGCACUAUUAGCAUGUGGGUGGCGCUGCCUCUCUGCCCCACAGCAUGGCUUACACGGUGAGGACAGGUGAUUAUGGUGAAGACUGUGAUGUCAGCAUGGUUCAUAUUGAGUGAUGAACUUCCUCUCCCUUCAGCACAAUUAUCACGCCCAGAGAAACUCCUAUUCCAUGUACCUCCUGCAAUGCACCCAGAACCACUUGUGUGCUCGGGGCAUGCCUCACAUUCCCUGUACCUUGUUCUCUACCAUCACCUCUAAAUGAAAACUCUCGCCUUAAACGCAGUCCCUCAGAUACAGCUGGUUCUCAUCUAGGGCUUAGGACAGUUCCUACAACAGCAAAUAGAAAUAAAGAGAAAAUAAAGCCGACGAGCUAAUGCACAUUGACUAUAAGUAGCUCACCAAAUCUACUUGUCUCAACACCUCUGCAUCUUACCAAGAAACUGCACUUUAACGUCCCCAAAUUGAUCUCAAAGAUGGCUUUUCGGGUUCACCUAUUGUCCAGUGGAGAGAGAUUUGGGGGCUGGUGAGGGGCUUUCUGGGUGGUUCCCCAAAUCUGCCUGUUAUAGAAAAAUAAAGAGGCCAGGCAGGUGCUCAGUAUGUGUAUGUGUGAGCUCACCCCCAAAUAUCUAUAGACUUUUGUGUUCAGGAAGAAUAUCUUUGCUUCCAAUAUAUGAACAAAGAUAUGAAUGAGGAAUCUUAACAGAUGUGUACAUAUUUGUGAGUAACUCCGGCUUUAUCCAGAUAAACUCCCUGUUCACGCGCCUCUCCACUGCUCCUCGAUGCACUGGGGCCGAGCAGACAUGGGAGAGAGGGACAACUGUGCCCAGCAACAUCUCAGAGGCUCAUGAGCUCACAGGGCUCAUGAGAACGCACGCCCUCACAGGUGCAUAGUAGGAAACAGUCAUCUUCCUUCUUUGGCAGAAGUCAUUUAGUUCUCAGUGUACUCGAAUGGAAUGUAGCAAUGAGACUCUGCUCGCCAAAAGUGUCAGUUCCUGUCCAGAACUUUCCAUUCUGUCUGGGAGCAGUGGGAAGAGAGAGAUGAUAAAAGUAGGUAGACAUUAGCUCUUUAUUUAACAGCCCAAUACUCGAGGGCGUCCUUAAAAGAGAGGAGGACAGAGAGUUGCUGAGCUCUGUUUUUCACUCGGAAUUCAGACAGAUCUGUAAUUUCAUGGGAAAGUUCAGUGGUCAUAUCUACCCAGGGCUAUAUCUUUUCUCUUAUGGGUUGCAUCAGGCAACAGUGGUCUUUAAGACCAGGAUAGUCGGUGACUCUCUCCUGAAUUCUUCCUGUCCUCCCGGGAGUAAGGGAAGAUGGGCCAGGCUGUGGGAAAUAUCCUAUGGAGGUUGGGUGAAGAUAGUCACUGGCUCCCUCUUCACGGUUUAUGUGGUCUUCUGUCUUGAUGAUGGGAUGGUAUUGAUGAACAGGAACGUGCCACCGAGAUUCAUGUACCCCAAAGAGUGGCAGCACCUCACCAUGUUCAUCCUCCUCAGCCUCAGUGGCUGUGCGGAUGUCACGAGCAAGAACCUGCUGCCUCGGAGGUGUGUGCUCCUAGAAAGAGGUGCCCUGGUGCUGACCUUCCACGUGCUCCUGAUGCUGUUUGUGUCACACGUUCGAGACUCAACAGGGGUAGAGCUGCAGGUGCACUGUCUACUCAUCUUUGUGGUGUUCCUGCUGAUGCUGGUGUUGACCGUGGAGCUGUGGGCUCCCAACGCGUUUGCCCUCUCACUGAUUGAGACCUUUCUGUUUCUGAUGAUGGGCUCCUGGCUGGUGCAGGCCGGCUUUAUUCUGUACAGACCAGUCACUGGCUAUCCAUGGCAAGAUAAUGACACCAGUGACAUCAUGUUUGUCACCACCUUCUUCUGCUGGCACACGAUGACCAAUGCCUUGUGCCUGUUGGGAAUCUAUGGCAUCUCUUCCUUUUGGCACCGUCGUUGCAGUCACAACUCGAAGCUGACCAGGUCCAAAUUAGCGCCACACUGCGGGAGCAGUGAAGGACCCGCCUACACAUUGCUGCCAGAAGUGGAGCACUCAGAGAAGGACAACCAGGCUCAGGCUCAUCUCCUCCCAGAGAGCUCACCCUGA